AUGUCCAUAGUGAGCAGUAGAGUAUCAGGAAGCAGGAAGCAGGAAGCAGGAAGCAGGAAGCAGGAAGCAGGAAGCAGGAAGCAGGAAGCAGGAAGCAGGAAGCAGGAAGCAGGAAGCAGGAAGCAGGAAGCAGGAAGCAGGAAGCAGGAAGCAGGAAGCAGGAAGCAGGAAGCAGGAAGCAGGAAGCAGGAAGCAGGAAGCAGGAAGCAGGAAGCAGGAAGCAGGAAGCAGGAAGCAGGAAGCAGGAGCAGGAAGCAGGAAGCAGGGAGCAGGGAGCAGGAAACAGGCAAGCGUAUAGCGAGGGGUAAGGGAGAGAACAUUUGGGAUGAGUUCAAGAGUGGGAAUAGUGGGGUGGUAGCAUGA